CAAUUUCGCCGCGUAAGAGUGUAUAAAUAGCCCCGCCUAGGAGAAGCUCAUCAGUUACUUCUUACACUGGACUCAUAAAGGCCCUGCUGUGAGAGAUAACUUUGCCUUUACCUCUUCUAAAUCAAAACCCUCUGACUUCACAUCUUCAUAAAAAUGCGUGAGUGUCUCUCAAUCCACGUCGGUCAGGCUGGUGUCCAGAUUGGCAAUGCCUGCUGGGAGCUUUACUGCCUGGAACAUGGGAUCCAGCCGGACGGCAGGAAGCCCGGUGACCAGAACAUCUCAGGAGGAGGAGGAGAUGAUUCCUUCAACACCUUCUUUAUGGAGACUGGAGCUGGAAAGCAUGUCCCCAGAGCUGUUUUUGUGGACCUGGAGCCCACUGUCAUCGAUGAGGUGCGCUCUGGGACCUACCGCCAGCUGUUCCACCCUGAGCAGCUGAUCACUGGCAAGGAGGAUGCUGCCAACAACUACGCCCGUGGACACUACACCAUCGGCAAGGAGGUUAUCGAUCUAGUGAUGGACAGGAUCAGAAAACUGUCCGACCAGUGUACAGGUCUCCAGGGUUUCCUGGUUUUCCACAGCUUCGGUGGUGGCACAGGGUCUGGUUUCACCUCCCUGCUGAUGGAGCGUCUGUCUGUCGACUACGGCAAGAAGUCAAAGCUGGAGUUCUCCGUAUACCCAGCUCCCCAGGUGUCCACCGCUGUGGUGGAGCCCUACAACGCCAUCCUCACCACCCACACCACCCUGGAGCACUCUGACUGCGCCUUCAUGGUUGAUAACGAGGCCAUUUACGAUAUCUGCCGUAGAAACCUCGAUAUCGAGCGCCCCUCUUACACCAACCUGAACAGGUUAAUGAGUCAGAUUGUGUCCUCCAUCACUGCCUCCCUUCGCUUUGAUGGUGCCCUCAAUGUUGAUCUGACAGAGUUCCAGACCAACUUGGUGCCCUAUCCCCGUAUCCACUUCCCUCUGGCCACCUAUGCCCCUGUCAUCUCCACAGAGAAAGCUUACCAUGAACAGCUCUCAGUGGCAGAAAUUACCAAUUCCUGCUUUGAGCCAGCCAAUCAGCUGGUGAAGUGCGACCCACGCCACGGUAAAUACAUGGCCUGCUGCCUUUUGUAUCGUGGUGAUGUGGUGCCCAAAGAUGUGAACGCUGCCAUUGCAACCAUCAAAACAAAGCGCUCUAUCCAAUUUGUAGACUGGUGCCCCACUGGUUUCAAGGUGGGCAUCAACUACCAGCCACCCACUGUAGUUCCUGGUGGAGACCUGGCCAAGGUCCAGAGGGCUGUGUGCAUGCUGAGCAACACCACUGCUAUUGCAGAGGCCUGGGCUCGGCUUGACCACAAGUUUGAUCUGAUGUACGCUAAGCGUGCCUUUGUGCACUGGUAUGUGGGGGAGGGUAUGGAGGAGGGAGAGUUCUCUGAAGCCAGAGAGGACAUGGCCGCUCUGGAGAAGGAUUACGAGGAAGUUGGAGCUGAUAGUCUGGGAGAUGAGGAGGAUGAGGAAGGAGAAGAGUAUUAGAAAGGCAAACAUUCCACUUAAUUGAUCUCUGAUCCAUGCUGUUUUAUUAAUGUCAAGAAAAUAAAGUUUGUUCAUUGACUGAACCUGAACCUAUGGUUUUCUCUCUUCAAUAAACUCACUGUUCUGUUAAACAUGACCUAUCUGCCUACAUGGGUUGUAUGCAUUUGUUUGCUCAGUUUAAUCAAAUGUUUUCACUACAGAGAUGCUAUUGUCAAUUUAGUCACUUGGGGGCAGUGGUGUUUACCAUUUUAUAUAUAUUUGUUCUCAACAGACCAGGCAUUGGCAAUCUUAACUGCUAAAUUAAUCACAAAAUUAUGUCCCAACAUCAGAUGAUUAAAGAAUACCAUUUGCACAUCCUACACUUAUUGAUUUAAGAUGGGAUUUGUGCUUUAGUGACAAGAUCCGAGUCCAACCCCGGUCUGGUCUAAAAUAGGGUGUGGUAUUCACUCUGGCCCAAGGGAGGGAUAGUGAGGGGGUUGGGGGCUCUCAUGCUGGCAGACAGGUGGUGUUUAAAAAUAUUUAGUUCUGCUGUUCCCAGACUGGACAAUGAAUGAAAGGAGUACAUGAAACGUGUAAAGCCAACAUUGACGGAGGCUACAUGGUGUUAAAAAAGAUGUGUGUUUUCACAGGUGUUGUAAAAGUAUUCUUUAUUCUCAGUUCUGUAAUUUUUCACCAUGUUCGGUUACAAAUAAAUGGUCUUCUUGAUUUUGA